CUCUUAAAAGUGGAAGCUUACGCUUUGUCAGUUUGCAAGAAACUGGAGGAUGGCUGAUUUCAGGAAGAUGGAUGUCAUCAAUUUCACUGCCUUGCCAAUGGUGCCGCUGGACGAGCACCUGGCUGCCUCACUCAUUGCACGGAAUGAAAUGAUGGAUGCCAUGAGGAAGAAUCUGGAGGACAAUCCACCCUCAUGCCUGAUUGGCUCCAUACAGCAGGUGAACGAAAUGAUUGCUGAUAUAGAUAUGAGUCCCAGCCCGCUGGUGCACAGCCUGGAAAUUGAGAAAUAUGAGUUGGAGAAGAAGGCUUUAAAAAGAGAGAGAAGUCGCGGCGGCUUGGGAGACAGAGAAAAGAGCGAAAGAAAACCUCCGUGUAUUUGCAAAGGCUCGGAAUCCAGGAAUGUCAAAUCUUUCAUUAGCAAAAGGAAGACAGCAGAUAAAAAUCUGCUGGCAGAGCUGUACCAGUAUCCACAAUUUGAUGACUCUAAGCCAAACAAGCUUCCAAAUGGGGUGGACUUCUGUGACAUGGUGGGCAACGUGAUCCAGGCUGAGAGGAACCCCUUUAGUGGGAAGUCUUUCUGUUCAGAUAGAGAAUUAGAGAAGUUUCUCUCUUCGCCUUCUGUAAGGGCCAUGUGGCUGGAUAGCUUCUGGUGGAUCUUUCACAAAAGGUACCAGCCAAAGAAGGAGAUCCAGAGCACUCUGUUCGACCGGCUGGCCCAGCACUAUGCCUUUCUUUUGUUUCGUGGAUCCAGGUCCCACUACGAAGAGGCUCUCUUAAAAAGGUUGCCAUCGCUUUUGAGUAAAGCCCUGUACACCAGCUUCUGCUGCUGCUUCCCUCAGUCCUGGUUCAACACGCACGAAUUCAAGUCUGACAUCUGCAACACAAUGAGCCUGUGGAUUGCAGGUAUAUAUCCUUGCCCACAGGGCUAUAACAGCUGGGACUACUCAAAACUGGACCCAGAGAGAUUCCGGAGAGAAGAAUUAAUGUUGCAGAGAAAAGGACUGCUGAAGGGAAGAGAUUUUUCUUUCCUCACUUCUAGGAGAAACUCCGGCCGGAAGUCCGCCCAGAGCAGGAAGGUCUGCUGCCCUCAGUCUUCUGAUAUGAAUUCAACCCAUGAGAGAGCCUGUUUUGCCCCCAAGAAUUCAAUGGAUGGCUCACAUAUGCAGAAUACCUCAAAAGAGCAUAAUUAUCAGACUCUGGUCUUGAGGAAAGCAACCCACCAAGUCAAGAGGAUAUCAGCAGCAAGAGAACUUGAGAAUACGCUUCCUAAGCUGUCCUAUCCUGCCUGCAAAAGCCCUGAGAUGACUUCAAGCCUCUUCAACAUUUAUGGGAAGAGCCCUCUGAUUGUAUACUUCCUCCUGAACUAUGCCACUCUGCGGCAGCAUGGCAAAGACGUGUUGAUGGUUAGGAGGGAAAAAACCAAGACCAUCCCUGAGUCCACCCUGACAUACGCUGAGGUCAUCACCCUGACCCUGAGCAACAUGAAGAAGCGGAGGGACAACCUCCACCAGCUGAACCGGCUUCACUGGAGUGAGUGGAAUUAUUUCGACGAGUACCUGAAGGAGCUGCACGACAACUUCCUCAGGGAGGUGAAGAAUGUCGAUCAAAGAGCAAAAGACAAAAAAAAGGCAAACCACAUGUUCAUCCAGCCUUCAACCUUCAUUGAAGACUCCCCCGAAAAGAAAUCUAGAAGAAGCCAUCAGAGGGAGUGCGUUUCUUUCAAGGUUAGCUUGAACAAAGACCAUGGGAAAAGUAGAAAUGUGAACACUAGGGGAAGAGAGGAGAGGGAAAGAGAAUGGAAACAGAAGUUGAACUAUUCUUCCUUCUCACCAUCAAGCCCUGAUGAAUUCUCUUCUCUGGAACUAGGAAGCCCCUACAAAACCUCUGAUAUUUCUGCUACCAGGUAG